CCAUUAUAUAGUUUUUAUUCAUUUUUCUGAGGAAAAAAAAACGCAAUAAGAAGAAGAAGGAAAAAAAAAAAAGAAAAAAAAAUAGAGUCGUUCUCUUCUCCUUUGUGUCUAAGCUCUGAGUUUAAGCUUUCGCGUUAAUGGAUUCAGCUCCUGCUCAACGUCGUCUCAAAGCCAUCCACGGUCACCUAGUCUCCGCCGCGGAUUCUCCCACCGCCCACCUCCGUCAGAACCCCACCGCCGGCGAGUUCUUCUCUGAACAGGGGUACAGUGUUGUAUUACCAGAGAAAUUGCGGACAGGAAAGUGGAAUGUGUAUAGAUCCUCACGUUCUCCUCUCAAGCUAGUGAGCAGAUUCCCUGAUCAUCCUGAAAUUGGUACACUGCAUGAUAAUUUCGUGCGUUCAGUUGACACUUUUCGAGACUAUAAGUAUCUGGGAACCCGAAACCGUGUUGAUGGAACAGUUGGGGAGUACAAGUGGAUGACUUUUGGAGAAGCAGGUACUGCACGGUCAGCUAUAGGCUCUGGUUUGAUUUAUUAUGGAAUUCCAAAGGGAGCUUGCGUUGGCAUAUACUUUAUUAAUAGACCGGAGUGGCUCAUUGUUGACCAUGCUUGCGCUGCAUAUUCAUACAUAUCAGUGCCUUUAUAUGAUACUCUUGGUCCUGAUGCUGUCAGAUAUAUUGUUAAUCAUGCUGCUGUGCAAGUAAUAUUUUGUGUGUCUCAAACAUUAAAUUCGUUGCUGAGCUUCUUGUCAGAGAUUCCAAGUGUACGACUAAUUGUGGUAGUUGGAGGCAUCGAUGGUCAUAUUCCAUCACUUCCAUCAUCAACUGGAGUUCAGGUUGUAACAUAUUCAAAUCUACUAAAUCAGGGAAGCAGUAAUCUUCAGCCCUUUAGCCCACCAAAACCUGAUGAUGUUGCAACUAUUUGCUAUACAAGUGGUACAACUGGAACCCCAAAGGGGGCUGUCUUGACCCAUGCAAACUUCAUUGCAAAUGUUGCUGGGACCACUAUGGAUGAAAAAUUUGGCCCUUCUGAUGUUUAUAUAUCAUAUCUCCCUUUAGCACACAUUUAUGAGCGGACAAACCAAGUCAUGAUAGUACAUUUUGGCAUUGCAGUGGGAUUCUACCAGGGGGAUAAUUUGAAACUAAUGGAUGAUCUAGCUGCUCUCAGGCCUACUAUCUUCUGCAGUGUCCCUCGGUUGUAUAAUAGAAUAUAUGCUGGUAUUCUUAAUGCUGUUAAAACAUCUGGUGUUCUGAGGGAGAGGCUAUUUAAUGCUGCAUAUAAUGCUAAAAGGCAAGCAUUAUUGAAUGGUAAGAACCCUUCUCCAAUGUGGGACAGAUUAGUUUUCAACAAGAUAAAGGCAAAGCUUGGAGGACGAGUUCGCCUUAUGGUAUCGGGUGCCUCACCUUUAUCACCUGAUAUCAUGGAGUUUCUAAAGAUUUGCUUUGGUGGUCGGGUGACUGAAGGAUAUGGAAUGACUGAGACUUCUUGUGUUAUAAGCUGCAUUGAUGAAGGCGACAACCUUGGUGGUCAUGUUGGAUCUCCCAAUCCAGCCUGUGAGGUAAAACUGGUGGAUGUGCCAGAAAUGAACUAUACAUCUGAUGAUCAGCCCUAUCCGCGUGGUGAAAUUUGUGUUAGGGGUCCAAUUAUUUUUCAAGGUUAUUACAAAGAUGAAGCUCAGACGAGGGAAGUCAUUGAUGAAGAGGGGUGGCUCCAUACUGGAGAUAUUGGGACAUGGUUACCUGGAGGUCGUCUCAAAAUUAUUGAUAGGAAGAAGAAUAUCUUUAAGUUGGCACAAGGCGAGUACAUUGCACCAGAGAAGAUUGAAAACGUAUAUGUCAAAUGCAAGUUUGUUGCUCAGUGCUUUGUAUAUGGUGAUAGCCUAAACUCUUCUUUGGUAGCUGUUGUCGCGGUGGAUCCUGAUGUAUUGAAAGCAUGGGCUGCUUCGGAAGGCAUCACGUAUAAUGAUAUAUCACAACUUUGUAAUGAUCCAAGAGCGAGGGCUGCUGUCUUGGCGGACAUGGAUGCUGUCGGACAAGAAGCUCAACUUAGAGGUUUUGAAUUUGUAAAAGCUGUGACUUUGGUGCCUGAACCAUUCACAAUGGAGAACGAUCUGCUGACUCCUACAUUCAAGAUUAAGAGACCUCAAGCGAAGGAGUACUUUGCAAAAGCAAUAUCUGAUAUGUACAGUGAGCUCUCCAAAACUGAUCCUAAUCAGAAGACAUUGUGAUGCUGAAGGCCCUAUAGUAGACAAAAGAAGACGCAUUAUCAAGUGGCCCUCAUCAGAAGCUUCCUCAAGCAUUACCCUCAUAAAAAUAUCGUAUCUUGGAGGAUGACAUUUUAGACGCAUGUUAUAAGAAAGAUCCCAAGGAUACUUCUGUACUGGUAUCGUCUCAAAUAAUAAUGCCUAAAUCAGAUGAACAUUCAUAGUUUUCUUUUUGUCCUUUUCUUUUGAUAAAUGAACAUUCAUAGUAUUCACUCUAUCCAUCUAGUGGAAUAUACAAAUGGAACAAGGCUUAAUUGUUGAUGUAUUUACUUACUGUUCUUUCGGCAUUAUUAUUUUUUACAAUAAGAUAUUAAGAUGCGUUAUUUUUA